CCAAACCCCCGGUGGCCCGCGCCAGGCUGGCCGUCAUGGAGAUGACAGAGCAGCAUGAGCUCAGUGCCAUCCAGGAGGUGGAGACGCCAGCUAACGCCAGCCUGAUCACAGGUCCAGAAGGGAGUGGGAGUCUGUCUCGUAUUGAAAGGGCAUUCCCAGAAGAACAGGACCACUCGGCCCACUCUGAGAGAGGUCACUCCAGCACCUCUGUGUUCAGUGUAGGGGAACACACAAUUGGGAGUGAGACAUUAACCGGGUCUGGUAGAUCCAGCAAGCUAUCCUGGAGAGAGAGAUUACGACUGGAGGCUGGUGCCUCUCCUGAACCUGUUGGAGAGCCUGUCCUUCCAGUCAGCUGGUAGACCCUCAGAACCAGACUACCUGUCCUCCACCACCAUCUCUUCUGGCAGCUUCGCCACCACUGACCCUGAACACACCUCCACCAAAAUAGACUCUUCCCUGCUCUUGGCUGGGUUUGGAAGAGGGAAAAAAUCAUCGGUCAAUGGCUCCUCUUCGGGAAGACACAGUUUCUGUAGGGACGUAUCUGGUCCUGGGUCUCCCAUCUCAGACUCACUCCUACACGGCGGCAGUAUUCAGCGCAUCAUAGACAAAUACACCAGGGAGUUCAACCUCUCUCUCAGUUCUGCUGGGAACCAGAUGGUGAUAGAGGGGUCAGUGUUUGAGGAGCCCAGCUUCUCUGUGUCCCAGCAGCAUCAGAAGCCCUGGUCAAAGCAACUGCAGGAGAAUGAGGGACCAGACAGGUCACCUGUGUGGGGGGCCGACCCACACACUCUCCCCUUGGACACCGAGUCAGGAGCUCAGAGGCACGACCAAGAAUGGGACCGCACUGUCAACCAGAUCAUAGAUCGCCUCUCAGACAAGUCCUCCUCAUUGGCUCUGGACCAGGGGCAGGACUCCACUAUCAGCCCAAUGAUUUGCCAGCUCUCAGGUCAAUCAACCUCACUGGACCAAGGGUGGGAUUCGACUUUGAGCAGAAUGAUUGGUGGACCCUCCAAUCAGUCAACCUCUGAGCCAGCUGAUUGGUAGGAUGCGACUGGACCAGUCAUCCCAGUGGCUGGAUGAAGGCCAGGAUGAAAGCCGGAUUAUGGGGCCUCUGGUUGGAGAGCUGGAUGAGUCUGCUUCCCAAUGGAGUGGGAGCUCAGGAGCUGAUGGGUCAAACUUCCGGGCUGGGUGGAUUUGAGAGGCUCGGGCCAGACAGGAGUGUCAUCUGACCGAGAGGGAGCACCUAAAGCCCAUUCACUGAGCAGCUCCUUUCUCCCUGGACUGGAACCUCUGCCACACUACCAGUGCCUGCAGCGCUCUGGCACCAGCUCCCAGGAAGUAGACAGUACUGGGGCCUCUGACUCCUUCCACCCCCUCCUGGCUGAAGUAACACACAAUGAGACAGCUGAACCGUCCAUGACCUUUCACCUUUCAGAAGAGGAAGUGGACGGGCCAUGUUCCCACGAAGAAGAAAGUGACCAUGAAGCACCUGCAGGGGACCUUAAUCUCUGCAUGCUCAGAAGAGUUUGUGGACAACACUUGGUCUGUCACCUCUGACCCCUCUCCCGAGUGCCUGAGAGGAGGGGAGGAACCACCUCAGCCAUCACCUACCCUGCACGACUCCUUGUACCAGCUGACCACGUCCCAGUGCCUCCCUCAUAACUCUGCUCUGGAUGUAUCCCCAGGGGCAGCAGUGGGGGGUCUGGCAGCAUGUUCCCUCUCAGGCGCCUCUCUCUGUGAAGAUGUCCCCACUUUGGACAAGCCACUUGAAGGCGGGGAUACUGAUAUGGAGAGCACACCAGCACCUCAGACAGUUGACCAAGGAGGUGCUAUUAAGGACCUGGGUGCAGGAGAGCCGGAUGUCCAGCUAUGUUCAGAGUCAAAGAUCAGCCCUCCCAUCUGGGAGAGAAUAAUGGUGCGCAGUGUGAAGGGGAUAAUGGACGAUUCCAUGCUGACCCUGGUGAGCCUGACAGACACCACAUUAAAGGACAACGGACUCGCUGAGGAAGGAGAGAUGGAUGAGGUAUCAGACCAAGAAGGUAUUGUGGAAAAGGAAUCAGAGUGGACAGUGUUGCUAGAGGAGGACGCCAGCCUACAGGAGGAAGAGACAACCCCCUCUCAUGCAGUAAUGCUGCUGGAGUUCCAGUUAUGUCCCAGCCUGAAUCUACAGGAGGCCUUCCAGGAGAAACGCAGAGCCCUGAUCCAGAGGUCUGCCCACAGGGUGGAGGAGAUUCAGGCCAAAACGGCUGAAGCCAAAGCAAACACCAGGGCCCAGGCUGAAACCACUGAGACCAGGGCCAACACAACCACCAGGGCCCAGUCUGACCCAAUCACUGUUCAGCCAUCCACUACUAAACCCAGGAGAGAAGGGAGGAGUGCAGAGUCAACCCAUGCAGGAGUGGAUGCCAAGCAGAAAAAGCAACAGCCAAAGCUCCAAACUCCCUUGCCCCCUCCCAUGCUAGCCAAGCUGAAGAAGGUUGGGGAGGUGAGGAUCAGCACUACUGAGAUGAUGUGUGUGGCUGACAUGCGCCAGAGAACAGAGAGGUUGUACAGCCGACUAGAUGAGGUGAAGCUUCAGAAGGAGGUCAGGAGCAGACAGGAGGCAUAUGCCAAAAACAGGGAGAAGGCCAAAGAGUUUCACACGAAGCUACGGGCCAAGCAGUCUCCGCAAUGAUACUGAAUAUCAGUUUUAUCUGUUGUCAUGUGUGUUCUGUUUGCACUUAUUUUGUACUUCCAUGUGUUUUUGUACAGUUUAAUCAGUAAUGUAAAAUAUAUUUUUAAAGUGUGUAUAUAAUCUGCGUUCAGUCUAUUCAUCACAACUUACUACUGUGUUCACACAACAAAAGCAGCUAGUGCACUAUUGCACCUUGAAUACUGUAGGUACACACAUUGCAUUAUGAGAAUGUUAUGUUGCCUGUAGAAAUAUAUUUGUUUUAGGUUUUUAUAGCUAAUAAAGUUGUUUGUUGCAAUCUUGAACUGAAAAGAUUGGAAAACGUCUAA